AAUGUCGGAGCAUAUUGCAUUCACAGUUAGAUCAUAGUGCGAAACGGUCGCGUUCCCGAACGAAUUUUCAGUGCUUUAAAUAUAUAUAAUAGGUUAUAAAUAAACCGUCCGGCUCUCGUAGCACUCAGCGUAGAGGCCUACGAGACGUCGUGUGUGUGCAUUUUUUUUAAACGCUGUGUUUUUUUAAACCUUAGAAAAUGGCAACGAAGAACGCCGUCGAUGUGAAUGUAGAAGAGGCCCAGGCCCCGGGUUCACCCAGGGCGGCUCGGAACAAAUGGCUGGCGGGGACCAGCUCAAUCGUUGGUCUGUCGGACGUGACGGACAACAAGCUGAUCUGGAGGCAGCUGGUAGCCGAGCUGCUGGGAACCUUCCUCCUCACGUCCAUCGGCGUGGCGGCCUGCAUCACCGUCUCCGCCUCGGCUGCUCCUCACACCACCAGCAUAGCGCUCUGCUUCGGUCUGCUCGUCGGCACUAUUGUUCAGGCCAUCGGACACGUGUCAGGCGGGCACAUCAACCCGGCGGUGACGUGCGGGCUCUUCAUGUCCGGAGACGUGAAGCUGCUCAAGGCGGUGUUCUACAUCGUGGUCCAGUCCCUCGGAGCCGUCGCAGGAGCCGCCUUCAUACGAUUAGCUGUACCCGAAGAGAGUUUAAAUUACGGCUUUGGAUUGACCAAGCCAGGUGCGGGAGUCUCCGAUGCCCAGGCUCUGUUAGUAGAAGCUCUGAUCACGUUCGUGCUGGUGCUGGUGGUGCAGGGCGUGUGUGACGCUCGCCGCAACGACAUCAAGGGCUCCGCGCCGCUGGCCAUCGGGCUCGCCAUCACUGCCUGCCAUGCUGCUUGUAUUCCAUUCUCCGGAUCAAGUAUGAACCCCGCGCGAUCUUUUGGACCUGCCCUCGUAAUGGGAGACUGGGCUUCUCACUGGGUGUAUUGGGUAGGCCCCAUUGUAGGCGGAGUGGUGGCCGGCCUCCUGUACCGAUUCGUCUUCCGCAUCGGUAAAGCUGGCGAGAGCGGCUCCUACGACUUCUAAGACUGCAGGUCUAGCGAUCCUUCGCAGCAUCACAUCGCGUGCCUUUACUCUAUUCUAUAACCAGAAUUCAAAGCGCUAUGAGACCUAUUUUAUUACAAACAUUCCCCGAGGGGUAAGGCGGUAAAGCCCACAGAUAGAAAGUAAAAGUAAUUGCUUAAGAGUGAAGUGAAAUCGAUUUGAGUAACUCGCUGAUAACUAUCUCGAUUUAACAACACUAUUUUGAACUAAGAAGUGCAUCACGUGUCUAUUAAUGGGCUUUACGCUUUGCGUUUAUUUUUGUUAUAUUUAACUUUGUUUUUCUUGACAAUGUGAAAUAAUCCAAAGCCAAUAAUAACGAAUGGAAAAUUGUUGUUUGAAAUCAUCUGUAGCAAGUUGCAUCGUGUUUUAUAUGAUAAAAGGUUUGUUCAAUUAUUUCGUUAUAUAAAUUAGUUACCUAACUAAAAGAUAAAACACAUUCAACUUUCAACUUUUUCAGAUAGACUUCAAAAGUUAUAUUAGGUUAAUUAAUUUAGGGUUAUUUAUAAGAUUUAUUUAUAUGAUGAUGUGAAUAAAUUAUUUUAAGAUUAUAUUAUAUUAUCGAAGUAUGAAAUAAGUAACACAUUUUAUACUCAGUGUGUGAAGAAAAUGCCUACAAGAAGAGACAUUAUUUUAACAUAUCUCACAAGUGUUUAUUUUGAAAUAAAUAUUUUAUUAGAUAUUUA